AUGGCACAAUUCAACGAGUUGAAGCAAAGCAUGGAAGAGCUAACGAACAAUUUUCAAGCACUUAUGGCCCGUUUGCAGGAUCCACCUCGUGAUAACGCAAAUGGAAGUCAUCAUGAAGAUGAAGUUGAUGAAACGGAAGAAGAAGCUGCUGCUCGACGUGCAAGAGAACAGCGAAGACGUAGAGAGCGAGCUGCUGCAAAUGCAAGAAGACCUCCACUUCCAGGACGUGGAAAUGGUGGUAGAGGUGCUGGUCGUGACCAUGAGAGAGGUCUUGGACUAGAGGAAAGUGGGAGUGAAGAGGAAGAAGACAAUGAGGUUGAUCAGCCCCAUCAUGAAGACCGUCGACGUCACCGCGGGAAUCGUGGGCGUAAUCAGCCCAACGAGGAGAGGUUUGGCAAGUUAAAAUUCACCAUGCCCAAGUUUGAUGGAGGGUCUGAUCCUGAAGCAUAUCUUACAUGGGAGUUGAAGGUGGAUAAAAUUUUUCGCUUGCACAACUAUUCUGAGCAGAAGAAGAUGGCCAUGGCUGCUCUUGAGUUCGAUGGCUAUUAUCUAAUCUGGUGGGAGCAAAUGCUAAAUGAUAGAGAAGAAGCUGGCCAAGGUGAUGUCCGUUCAUGGGCUGAAAUGAAGAGAGAAAUGAGGGCAAGAUUUGUCCCCAAACAUUAUCGUCGUGAUCUUUUUGACAAGCUACAGAAUCUGAAGCAAGGAAGCCUUAGUGUUGAUGAGUAUUAUAAAGAAAUGGAGAAGGCAAUGAUUAGAGCCAAUGUAUAUGAAGAUGAAGAGCAAUCAAUUGCAUGUUUUAUGUCAGGACUGCAUCGUAAUAUUCAGCGUAUUGUUGAAUUUCAGCAGUACCGCAAUCUUAUUGAGUUGGUCCAUCAAGCAAGCAAAGCUGAACGACAGUUGCAGCAGGACAUGAAGACCAAUAGAGGAGUAUCUUUCAGCUCGAGAAGUGCCCCAAGUGGAAGCAAAUUCACACCACGAGGUAGUGCAAGUAGAGGUUCAAUUUCCAACUCAAGUGGUGGUGCACGCUCAAGCAAUUUUGGUGCUUCUAGUGGUAAAGAGUUGGCUGCUCCAAAUGAGAGGAACAAAUCAGCAAACUCAUCAUCUACUUCAGUGGGUUCUUCCACCAAGAGUAGUGGGAUUCAAUGCUUCAAGUGUGGUGGUCGUGGUCAUGUUAUAAAGGAGUGUCCAAAUAAUCGGACCAUUAUUGUAAAUGACCAAGGAGAGUAUGAAUCUGCUAGUGAUGAAGAACAUGAAGAGAUUGAAGAGGAAGGUAAUCUGGAGCAGGACAUCUGUGAAUUUGAAACUGGAGCUGCUCUUGUUGUAACUCAAAUUUUGAGUGUGCAAAUGAGUGAAGCUGAAAAUGGACAGCGGCACAAUCUUUUCCAAACCAGAGCCAAGGUUGAAGACAAGGUGUGUAAAGUAAUCAUUGAUGGUGGAAGCUGCCACAAUCUUGCUAGCAAGGAAAUGGUUGAAAAGCUUGGUUUAAAGCUGCUGAAACAUCCUCAUCCUUAUCAUGUGCAAUGGCUAAAUAAUUCAGGUUCAAUUAAGAUUGCACAUAGAGUGAAAAUUCCUUUCAAGAUUGGUGAAUAUAUUGACACCGUGGAGUGUGAUGUGGCACCCAUGACAGAAUAUGAAGAUGUUUUUCCAGAGGAGACACCUGCUAGACUUCCUCCCUUGCGUGGCAUUGAACAUCAAAUUGAUCUCAUCCCUGGAGCUGCACUUCCGAACCGUCCAGCAUACCGCACCAACCCUGAAGAAACAAAGGAAAUUCAAAGCAAGACAUUGGAGGAACAUGUUGCUCAUAUUCAGCAAGUUUUGGAUGUGCUAAGAAAGGAAAAAUUAUUUGCUAACCUCGAGAAGUGCACAUUUUGUACAGAUCAGGUUGUGUUUCUUGGUUUUGUAGUUUCAGGUUCAAGAAUUCAAGUUGAUGAAUCAAAGGUGAAAGCAAUCAAGGAUUGGCCGACUCCUGAAAAUGUAAGUCAGAAAGGUGUUGCCUUCCAAUGGGGUGAACCACAAGGGAAAGCUUUCCAAGAAUUCAAGAAAAGAUUAUCUGAAGCCCCCUUGCUUGUGUUGCCGGAUUUCACUAAAACCUUUGAGGUUGAAUGUGAUGCAAGUGGGAUUGGGAUUGGAGGCCUUCUCAUGCAAAACGGACAGCCCGUUGCAUACUUCAGUGAGAAGUUGGGAGGAGCACAACUGAACUAUUCGGUAUAUGACAAGGAGUUGUAUGCUUUGGAAAGGAGUAACAUGGAAGCAUCCAAGCGCGCGUCUUAUGUCAAGAAGAUUCAUGAGAAGACCAAAGAAGCAAUAGCGAAAAGGUCCAAGUACUAUGCUGCAUGGGCAAACAAGCAUCGCAAGAAGGUGACAUUUGAGCCUGGAGAUUUAGUGUGGAUCCUUCAAUGUUGA